UGCUCGCUGCGUAUGCUCGUUGGACGGCUAGUUGCUGUCACUAGAUUACGGAAUGCAUCUUAUCGAGAACCUUGAAUUGUUUCCCGAAUACGUGGUGACACAGUUACUGUUUAAAGAUGUUAAAAAUGCUGCAGAUUUGAAGAAAAGUGCGAUCGCACAAGAGAUCAGUUGCGCUUUAAUAAACCCGGCGAUGAUCGUUGAUCCAUUCCAAGUUCUUGUGGCCGCAAACAAAGCGCUUCACGUGCAGAAGGUCGGAAAAAUGAAAACGAGGAGCCUUUAUUCUGAAAUCAUAUUUAACCUUUCGCCGACAAAUAACAUAUCAGAGGCGUUCAAAAAAAUUGGACUGUCAGACGGCGACAGCGCAGUUGCGGUGGUUCUGGUUCAUGCAGCGGAAGAGACGCGCAGCGUGGAUGACAUCCUGGCCAAGGUGGACGGGCAGCAGAUCCCAGUAGAUCACAUCUAUAGCCUGACCGACAUGGCUAAGAUUAAAAAACUGUACAAGAUCACGCCUCAGGAGGAACAUUCUGGAACACUGCUAGACGCGGUCAUUUGCAGAAUGGCGACCAAAGACAUUUUAUAA